AUGGGAAACAAAAGAAGACCAACCACACUGGCACACACUCCGGACGCGGGAUCGGGUAAAAAAUCCAGAGAUUUAGACAGAUAUUUCAGGGACACUGUCAGCAUACUAGGCGCGGAGCAGGAAGAAUGCCGGAUGCCAUCUUUAUCACGUGGCUCACAUUCCAUCAGCCCGACGAGAUCGGAACACCUUACUGAGGCAGGCAUGGCCAAAAUAAAAGAGCUCAUCCAGAACUUGCCAUCGAAGGACGAGUUGGCUGUGAUGCUGACUAAACUGAAAUCCUCUGUGCAAGAGCAAAUCUCCACACUAACCUCAGAAGUCAAACAGAUCAGUAAUAGAGUGGGGGAUCUGGAGGACGACCGUGAACAAAUUAUGGAUAGACUGCAAUACUUGGAACAGAGCCAAGAGAGGAAUGAGGCCAAAAUAUUGUAG